CAUGUGGCCCUUGACCUCGAACACAUCGGCGACCACCUCAUCGGUGAUGGAUUACUAUGUAAUACUCGGUGGCGUUCAUCCCCGGGACAUAGACGCCGCCCGGCCCCCCGGGACUCGGCCAGGAUGUGUAGGUAGUGUGAUAUAUAUCUGUUUGUGAAAUCUGUCAUGAUCUAGCUGAUGUCAGGGAAUUGUUUUUGAUGCUUCAACAACACCAACAUCCACAUACCUCAACCAUCACAUAUUGAAUCUCACCAUGACAUCUUUACAGCCUUACCUCGCAGAAGUCUGCCAGACAACCUCCAGUCUCUUGACCAGCAGCACCUGCGCUCCAUGUCUUUAUCACAUCCGACAUCUCACAGCAUCGUUCCCAAGGAGUGCAUUACGAAUCGCCGCCACUAGAUCUCUCAGCUCCACAUCUUCAGCAUCAACUUCCCAAAGGAGGACAAUUUAUCGAUCCCAUCGACCUCAUCUACAACAAUCACAUAUUGUUCCCACAAACUCCAUCCAACCCUCUUCACUACGCCGAACACACACCACCACCACGUCACCACCAGAACCAACAAUAACCCCCCUCUUCGAACCCACCACCUCCACCUUCCAAUACCUCGUCGCCGACCCCCUCACCCUAACAGCCGCCAUCAUCGACCCCGUCCUCGACUACUCCCCCCUCGACAAUUCCAUCUCCACCACCUCCGCCGACGCCCUUCUCUCCCUCAUUGCCUCCAACGGCUACAAAAUCGCUUGGAUCCUCGAAACCCACGCCCACGCCGACCACUUAUCUGCCUCCUCCUACCUCCAAACGCGAUUAACAGAAGUACAAGGAGAAGACCACAAACCCCCCAUCGGUAUCGGCAAAAGGAUCGGUACCGUCCAGACUUUAUUCAGCAAGCGGUACGGAGUACCGCCGGAAGAAAUCCAGCAGGUAUUCGGCCACUUGUUCGACGAUGACCAAGUCUUUCGGAUCGGCAACCUCGAAGCGAAAGCCAUCCAUCUUCCCGGCCACACGCCCGAUCAUCUAGGGUAUCAAAUCGGCAACAACGUCUUCUGCGGCGACAGUCUGUUCAAUGCAGACAUAGGGACCGCGAGGUGUGAUUUCCCCGGCGGGAGUGCGCAGGAUCUGUACCACUCCGGCCGAAAGUUGUUGCAGAGUUUACCGGACGAAACGAAGAUUUGGACAGGACAUGAUUACCCGCCUGAAGACAGGAAGGAGCCGGUGCCGUGUUUGACGGUUAAAGAGCAUAGAGAGAGAAAUAAGCAUUUGCGGGAUGGGAUCACGGAGGAGGAGUUUGUCAAGGCCAGAGAGGAGAGGGAUCGGAACUUGGCGGCGCCGAGGCUGUUGCAUCAGAGUUUGCAGGUGAAUAUUCGGGCGGGCAAGCUGCCGGGGGAGAAUGAGAGUGGGUUGAGGUUGUUGCAUUUGCCGGUCAAGAUUAGGACGGAUAAGAAGUGGUGAUCUGGACGGGUUAGUAGGAAGAGGUAGUCGAGAAAGGAGGAGGGUAAAGAGGAGAUCAGGAUUCAGUGGUACAUCACCCACCGUGCGAGUCUGUUCACCGUGGUUGAGACGGCUCGUCAUGUGUCCUAGGUGUUCAUGACCCAUAUGCAUGCCUCAAACUCUGUACCAAACUCCUCACCCUACUUCGUACAUGUCGAAGCGCAUUCGAAUACGUGUUUGUAACAUUCUUGGAGCUUUGGAAGGCCUUGUUCGAACUCGCAGGGUCGGACUAUGAGUUUCCGGUCUGCUUAUAUGACAGGAUGAGACGGUGAAAUCACGAC